UGAAGAGAAAGGAGGCGAGACUGAGAUUGUUAGUACUUUUAAGUAUUAACAAUUUAAUUAAGUUUUUAUUUAAUUUCGUUAUUUUUUUUUUUUUAAGUUUUUACGUGAAAGACUUUGAGGAGUGAUUGUUUAUCAGCAACCAACAGAAAAUGGGGUCCGAGAUGAAAAGUACCUGCUACAAAUGCAAUCGCGUAGGACACUUUGCCAGAGAAUGCACCCAAGGUAUGGGAGGUGGCCGGAACCGCGAUGGCGGUCACAGGGACUCGGGCCGCGUGCGUGAGAAAUGCUACAAGUGUAAUAGAUUUGGCCACUUAGCCAGAGACGAGGAGGAGGCUGACCGAUGCUACAGAUGCAAUGGCACUGGACACAUUGCUCGCGCUUGUCUGCAAAGCCCAGAUGAGCCAUCCUGUAUCAACUGUAACAAGCCAGGACACAUUGCGAGGAAUUGUCCUGAGAGCGGUGGUUAUGACUCCCAGAGUAGGUCCAACCAAGCGUGUUACAACUGCAGCAAAACUGGUCAUAUAUCCCGUAACUGCCCAGAAAAUGCUAAGACUUGCUAUGUCUGUGGAAUGCCUGGUCACAUAAGCCGUGACUGUGAUCAAAAUGACCACAACUAGGUCAAUAUUAUCUAGGGUGUCGGGAUAUUUAUCAACCUUAUUAAUGGCAUCCGAUAUCAU